AUGGAUGCAUAUGAAGCUACAAAGAUUGUUUUCCAGAGGAUCCAGAAUUUGGACCCUCAUAACGCUUCUAAAAUCAUGGGCUUUCUCCUCAUUCAAGACCACGGCGAGAAGGAGAUGAUCCGUUUGGCUUUCGGCUCUGAAUCCUUAGUCCACUCCGUCAUUCUCAAAACCAGGAAAGACCUCAACUUGCCCUCCCCAAACACGCCCUCCACCCCUUCCUCCCCCAACUCACCCUUCGGAAACCCUAAUUUCUCCCUCUCCCGACAGAGCUCCUCCUCUUCUUCCUCCAGAAUCCCUUCUCCGCUCAGCGUGGCCGGCAACCAGUCCUCCACCGCGAUUUCCUCUUCCUGGGCCAAUUCCAAAGCCAGCAGCUUUUCCGAUUUUCAGGCCUCCGACGACUUAAUCAGCCCCACGUCCGCUUUCAAUGGCGAAGCCGACUUAAUCGACGAGCUCCAGCUUCAAGAGCAGCUCUCUUUCCUCAACGAUGGCUCGCCCCAGAUGGGCCCGGCGAAAAGUGCCGAUUUUUUUGACCCGGCCUCGAGCCCGACCGCCGGAGAGCCCCUGCUCGCCGCUGCGGCUGCCGCCGCGUGGGGCGGCGCCUCAGGGCUUCAGCACCACCACCGCCGGAGCUGCUCUGUGAGCGAUAUCUGCCUUGGGUCUGAUGAUUUGAGUGGUGGGUUUGGGUGGAGGCCCUGUCUGUUCUACGCCAGGGGGUACUGCAAGAACGGGACCACCUGCCGGUUCCUCCACGGCGGCGAGGCGGCGGCGGACGGUGGUUGCGCGGUGGGGCCGCCCAUUAAGUUCGAGAUGAUGAUGGAGCAGCAGCAGCAGCAGCAGCAGUGUUCGGAGCUGCUUAGGCCGAAGUCAACUCAUCAGCAGCUGCUUACGAGUUCAAACAGUUUCCCCUUUUCUUCUUCAGUGGCAGCAAAUAAAUGCUUGAGUUAUCUUCAAUUUCCACCUGACAGUCCAAGAGGUUUGAUGAUGGGAGAUGGGAUGCAUAAAUUCGUUCCGAGGGGCGAUUUCGGAGUAAACUGUACGAAUCCCGGUUCAAGGCAGAUUUACUUGACCUUUCCAGCUGACAGUACCUUUAGAGAAGAAGAUGUAUCUAAUUAUUUUAGUCACUUUGGGCCGGUUCAAGAUGUGAGGAUCCCGUAUCAGCAAAAGAGGAUGUUCGGUUUCGUAACGUUCGAUUUUCCAGAGACCGUGAAGCUCAUUCUUGCCAAGGGCAACCCGCAUUUCGUGUGCGAUGCCCGUGUUCUUGUCAAGCCGUACAAGGAGAAGGGGAAAAUCCCGGAUAAGCACAGAAAACAACAGCAGAUGGAAAGAGGAGGGGAUUUUAUUGGGUGUGGCAGCCCCACAGGUCUAGAGUCUAGAGAUCCUUUCGAUCUUCAACUCGGUGCAAGAAUGUUUUACAACAACCCAGACAUUUUAUGGAGGAAAAAAUUGGAAGAGCAAGCCGAAUUGCAGCAAGCGAUCGAGCUUCAAAACCGGAGGCUAAUAGGUCUUCAGCUUUUGGAUGUCAAGAGGAAUAGUCAUCACCGGACCCUUUCUACGGGUGCCGUUAUUUCAUCUCCGACAGCAUUUUCACCUACGUUUUUCAAUCAAAAUCUCCUCAUACCAAGCAAUAAUAAUGGCAACCCAGAAGCCAAAGAAGAAAAUGGCUCGAUUGGGACUACGGCGAACAAAGCCCAACAGCAGCCACCGACUGUUAAUGAGGUCGAGAAAGACAAAGACCAUUCUCCCAAGGCUGAUGAUGAGAAGAACAUCAAUGGCAAGGAAAGUCACCCAAAAGAAAACGACUUCCAUGAAAGCUCGGAACACAACCUCCCGGAUAGCCCCUUUGCUUCUCCUAAGGCCACCGGGGACUAUGCCACCGCCUUCUCCAACGAAGCCUUAGAACCAGAGAAGGGCAGUUCGGUCAAAUCCACUAACAAUAACUUAAUCACGGGCCCGUCAUUAAACGUCGCUCCUUUCAAAUCUUGCCACUUCCAAGUGCCUAGCUUUGCUUCUGGUCAUGAGACCAUUGGCAUGUAG